AUGACGUUGCCACGCUGCAGUGAGAGGAGACAACUGAUGGGGGAGACUGUCACCAAGGCCAGGCUGACAGAGAGUCACCUAGAAAUUGUCUGGUGGGGAAAAGGAGCAGAGAGCCGAUGUGGGCUGGAGGUAUUGCCAGUCAGUCUAGAGCCCUGUCACCUGGACCAGGCUGGAAUGAUAAAAAGUGAUAAUGAAGAGUAUUUUAUUGAACCCUUGGAGAGAGGUAAGCAGAUGGAUGAAGAAAAAGGAAGGAUUCACGUUGUCUACAAGAGAUCAGCCAUGGAGAAGGCUCCCAGAGGUGUGUCUGAAGACUUCUACCACAGGGAGUCAGAUCUGGAAGGCCUUGAUGAUCUCGGCACAGUUUACAGCAACAUUGGCCAGCAGCUGAAUGAGACACUGCGUCGCCGCAGACAUGCGGGGGAGAACGAUUACAACAUCGAGGUGCUUCUGGGCGUGGAUGACUCCGUGGUCCGUUUCCAUGGCAAAGAGCAUGUCCAAAACUACCUCCUCACCCUGAUGAACAUCGUAAAUGAAAUCUACCACGAUGAGUCCCUCGGAGUGCACAUAAACGUGGUCCUGGUGCGAAUGAUUCUGCUCGGUUACGCAAAGUCCAUCAGCCUCAUAGAAAGGGGAAACCCAUCCAGGAGCCUGGAAAAUGUGUGUCGCUGGGCUUGCCAGCAACAAAAACCUGAUCCCAAGCACGCUGAACACCAUGAUCAUGCAAUUUUCUUAACCAGGCAAGACUUCGGGCCUGCUGGAAUGCAAGGAUAUGCACCCGUCACAGGCAUGUGUCACCCAGUGAGAAGCUGCACCCUGAAUCAUGAAGAUGGCUUUUCAUCUGCUUUUGUAGUAGCCCAUGAAACUGGCCAUGUGUUGGGAAUGGAGCAUGACGGACAAGGCAACAGGUGUGGCGAUGAGACCGCCAUGGGCAGCGUCAUGGCGCCCCUGGUGCAAGCUGCCUUCCAUCGCUACCACUGGUCCAGAUGCAGCGGUCAGGAGUUGAAAAGAUACAUCCACUCCUAUGACUGCCUCCUUGAUGACCCCUUUGAACAUGAUUGGCCCAAACUCCCAGAACUCCCAGGAAUUAAUUACUCCAUGGAUGAGCAAUGCCGUUUUGAUUUUGGUGUGGGCUACAAAAUGUGCACAGCGUUUCGAACCUUUGAUCCGUGCAAACAGCUAUGGUGUAGCCAUCCUGAUAACCCGUACUUCUGUAAGACUAAGAAGGGGCCCCCACUUGAUGGAACUGAAUGUGCUGCUGGGAAGUGGUGCUAUAAAGGGCACUGUAUGUGGAAGAACGCUAACCAGCAAAAACAAGAUGGCAACUGGGGGUCGUGGACCAAAUUUGGCUCCUGCUCCAGGACAUGUGGAACUGGUGUUCGUUUUAGAACACGCCAAUGCAACAAUCCCAUGCCCAUCAAUGGUGGUCAGGACUGCCCUGGCGUUAAUUUCGAGUACCAGCUUUGUAAUACAGAGGAAUGCCAAAAGCACUUUGAGGACUUCAGGGCCCAGCAGUGCCAACAGCGUAACUCCCACUUUGAGUACCAGAAUACCAAACACCACUGGCUGCCGCAUGAACAUCCUGACCCCAAGAAAAGAUGCCACCUUUACUGUCAGUCCAAGGAGACAGGGGACGUUGCUUACAUGAAGCAGCUGGUGCACGACGGGACACGCUGUUCCUACAAAGAUCCAUACAGCAUAUGUGUGCGAGGCGAGUGUGUGAAAGUGGGCUGCGACAAAGAAAUUGGUUCCAACAAGGUUGAGGAUAAGUGUGGGGUCUGUGGCGGGGACAAUUCCCACUGUCGGACUGUGAAGGGGACAUUUACCAGGACACCCAGGAAGCUUGGGAAGACGAGAGGCGCGUUCGUUUUGCCCAAAGGAGCUCGUAAUAUUUCUCUUGCUGAAACAAGAGAAACUAAAAAUGUACUGGCUAUCAAGAACCAAGCCACAGGUCACUACAUUCUAAACGGCAAAGGGGAGGAAGCCAAGUCUCGGACCUUCAUAGAUCUUGGUGUGGAGUGGGACUACAACAUUGAAGAUGACAUUGAAACCCUCCACACGGAUGGGCCCCUACGUGAUCCCGUCAUUGUGCUGAUCAUACCCCAGGAGAAUGACACCCGCUCCAGCCUGACAUAUAAGUACAUCAUCCACGAAGACUCGGUGCCAACCAUCAACAGCAACAAUGUCAUCCAGGAGGAGCUGGAUACCUUCGAGUGGGCGUUAAAGAGCUGGUCUCAGUGCUCCAAACCCUGCGGUGGAGGUUUCCAGUAUACAAAAUAUGGAUGCCGAAGGAAAAGUGACAAUAAAAUGGUUCAUCGCAGCUUCUGUGAGGUCAAUAAAAAGCCGAAACCCAUCAGACGCAUGUGCAACAUUCAGGAAUGCACACACCCGCUCUGGGCAGCAGAAGAAUGGGAGCACUGCAGCAAAAGCUGCGGCAGCUCUGGGUACCAGCUCCGCACCGUACGCUGCCUCCAGCCGCUCCAUGACGGCACCAACCGCUCCGUGCACAGCAAGUACUGCAUGGGGGACCGUCCUGAGAGCCGCAGGCCCUGCAACAGAAUGCCCUGCCCCGCCCAGUGGAAGACAGGGCCCUGGAAUGAGUGUUCAGUGACCUGCGGUGAAGGGACAGAGGUCAGACAGGUUCUCUGCAGGACUGGGGACCACUGUGAUGGUGAAAAGCCGGAGUCUGUCAGGGUCUGCCAGCUGCCUCCCUGUAACGAUGAGCCAUGUUUGGGCGACAAGUCCAUAUUCUGUCAAAUGGAGGUGCUGGCACGAUACUGCUCCAUCCCAGGGUAUAACAAGUUAUGUUGUGAGUCAUGUAGCAAACGCAGUGGUACCCUGCCACCACCAUACCUUCAAGAAGCUGCUGAAAUCCAUACUGAUGCUAUCUUUGGCCCUAGUGACCUCCCUAGGUCGCUAGUGAUGCCUACACCCUUUCUCCCUAACUACUCAGGGACCCGUGCUGAGAAGAAAUCCUCUCAUAACAUCUCUUCCAUAGCAAAUGCAAACGCAUAUGCUGCUUUCCAAGCCAGCAGCAGACCUAGUGCUAACUUCCACCAGAAGAAAGCACAGCAGUCUGGGAGAAAAACGCCAUUAUCAAUAGCACCCUCCUCAGCCCUAAAGACUGAUCACCUCUAUUCUGCCUCACCUAUGGCUGCUGUCCCCGCCCCUGCUCUCAGUGAUUCAAUAGGUGCUUCUCCCCAGACAAGAACCCCAAAGAAAGAUGGAAAGAGUAUUAGCAGGAGACAUCCGAUCAGGUCAACCACCUCAGAGAGAUGAGAAAGCGGACUAAUGGA